AUGCCGGUGGGGGUUGGGGGUCCUUCUGCUCGCUGCGGGUCGCUGGGCUGCUGUGACGUUUUGGCAGAGCGUUUGCAGCCCCAGUGGGUGCUGGCCUUUGAGAUCUUCAUCCCCCUGGUGCUCUUCUUCAUCCUCUUGGGGCUGCGGCAGAAGAAGCCGACCAUCCCUGUGAAGGAAGUCUCUUUCUACACGGCGGCCCCGCUCACCUCGGCCGGAAUCCUGCCCGUCAUGCAGUCCCUGUGCCCCGACGGCCAGCGCGAUGAGUUCGGCUUCCUGCAGUACUCCAACUCCACGGUGACGCAGCUCCUGGAGCACCUCAGUGAAGCGGUGGAGCAGAGCAGCCUCUUCGACCCGCAGCAUCCGGGGCUGGAGGAGGAGCUGGAGUCGCUGCGCCGACGCCUGGAGGCACUCAGCAGCAGCGAGCCCAGCUCCAUGGAGACCCACUUCAGCAACCGAGCAGGAUCCGGCUUCACGCUGGCAUGGGCGGCCAAGGACCGGGGCGAGCUGCACCGCUUCCUGGCGCAGAACCUGUCCCUCCCCAACAGCACGGCCGAGCUGCUCCUGGGCUCCAGCGUUGACCCGCGGGAGGUGUACCGCCUGUUUUUCGGUUCCUUUCCUUUGGUACCCGACGAGACCCAUGAGCGAGACCUGUGGGAUGGGUUUGGCCCCGGUGAUAAGAUGACGCAGCUGGAGAAGAGCCUCCCUAGCAGCUGGAGGAGCCUGCGGGAAGGGCUGGUCCACAGGGCGCUUCGGGACCCUGCGGCAGCCCCGCGCCGGCCGGCGCUGCUCCGCCUGCUCUCCCAAGCCCUGGGCCUCACCAGCGCCGCCCUGGCACCCACCACCUCCGACAGCCCUCAGGCCUUCGUCACCGAGAUGGAGGGUGUCCUCUUCACCGGGCCGGUGCUGGAGCAGCUGACGUGCGAGCAGAGCCCGGGGGGGCUGCGCCGCCUCCUGCGCGUGGCCCCCGGGCAGCAGCCGCUGCUGCAGGCGUACCGGGCGCUGGCCUGCAACGGCAGCCGGGCCGUCCGCCGGGAGCGCUUCGCCCAGCUGGCCGCCGAGCUCCGGGACCAGCUGGACACCCCCAAGAUCAUCAACAGGCUGAAGCUGGACGAGGUGAACAGCACAGCCGCCCAGCACCGCCUCCGCGCCCUCCUGGAGGACCUGGUGGAGAUGGAGAAGGUUCUCCGCGACGUGGACAUCCUCUCAGCGCUGGCCAAGCUUCUGCCCAGGGGAGCCUGCGCCAGCAAGGCCCCACCGCCCACUGCCAACAGCACCGGCUGGGCUGGCGCCAAUGCCACGGCCGGCAACACCACGGCGGAGGAGGAGGGCGCUGGGGGGGGCCCAGCCGGCAGUGACAACCCCCAGGGGCAGUUCUCCGCAUUCGUGCAGCUCUGGGCCGGGCUGCAGCCCAUCCUCUGCGGCAACAACCGGACGAUCGAGCCCGAGGCGCUGAAGCAGGGCAACAUGAGCUCACUGGGCUUCACCAGCAAGGAGCAGCGAAACCUGGGCCUCCUCGUGCAUCUGAUGACCAGCAACCCCAAAAUCCUGUACGCGCCCGUGGGCACCGAAGUGGACAAGGUCAUCCUGAAGGCCAACGAGACCUUUGCCUUUGUGGGCAAUGUCACCCACUAUGCCAAGGCGUGGCUGAACAUCUCCCCCGAGAUCCGUGCCUACCUGGAGGAGGGCAGGCUGCAGAGGCGCAUCCGCUGGCUCCAGCAGUUCACCGCUGACCUCCACAAGCACCCAGAGAUCCUGAAUGUCUCUGACAGCGAUGUUCUCCACAACUUCCUCAACGGCAACUUCUCCCUGCCCAACGCCAGCGUCCUGCUCCAGCAGCUGGACACCAUUGACAAUGCCGCCUGCGGCUGGGUCCACUUCAUGGCCAAGGUCAGCGUGGACAUCUUCAAAGGCUUCCCAGAUGAGGAGAGCAUCGUCAACUACACGCUGAACCAGGCCUACCAGGACAACGUCACGGUCUUUGCCAGCGUCAUCUUCCAGACCAACAGGGACGGCUCGCUGCCCCCCCACGUCAUGUACAAGAUCCGGCAGAACUCCAGCUUCACGGAGAAGACCAACGAGAUCCGGCGGGCGUACUGGCGGCCUGGCCCCAACACUGGCGGCCGCUUCUACUUCCUCUACGGCUUCGUCUGGAUCCAGGACAUGAUGGAGCGUGCCCUCAUCAACACGUUUGUUGGCCAUGAUGUGGUGGAGCCCGGGAACUAUGUGCAGAUGUUCCCGUACCCAUGUUAUACCCGGGACGACUUCCUCUUUGUCAUCGAACACAUGAUGCCCCUGUGCAUGGUGAUCUCCUGGGUCUACUCGGUGGCCAUGAUGAUCCAGCAUAUUGUGACGGAGAAGGAGCAUCGCCUGAAAGAGGUGAUGAAGAUGAUGGGCUUGAACAACGCAGUGCAUUGGGUGGCUUGGUUCAUCACCGGCUUCGUCCAGCUCUCCAUCUCGGUCACGGCGCUCACCGCCAUCCUGAAGUACGGCAAGGUCCUGAUGCACAGCGAUGUCCUCAUCAUCUGGCUCUUUCUCGCCAUCUACGCAGUGGCCACCAUCAUGUUCUGCUUCCUGGUGUCGGUGCUCUACUCCAAGGCCAAGCUGGCCUCCGCCUGUGGUGGCAUCAUCUAUUUCCUCAGCUAUGUGCCCUACAUGUACGUGGCCAUCCGGGAGGAGGUGGCGCAUGACAAGAUCACGGCCUUUGAGAAGUGCAUUGCGUCCCUCAUGUCCACCACGGCCUUUGGGCUGGGCUCCAAGUACUUUGCGCUGUACGAGGUGGCCGGUGUGGGCAUCCAGUGGCACACCUUCAGCCAGUCGCCUGUGGAAGGAGACGACUUCAACCUCCUGCUGUCCAUGAUGAUGCUGAUCGUGGAUGCCGUGGUGUACGGGGUGCUCACGUGGUACAUUGAGGCCGUGCACCCAGGGAUGUUCGGCUUGCCGCGGCCCUGGUACUUCCCCUUCCAGAAGUCUUACUGGCUGGGCAACGGGCGAGUGGAGACCUGGGAGUGGACCUGGCCCUGGUCCCGCACCACCCGCCUCAGCAUCAUGGAGGAGGACCAGGCCUGUGCCAUGGAGAGCCGGAGGCUGGAGGAGACACGGGGCAUCGAGGAGGAGCCGACCCACCUCCCCUUGGUGGUCUGCAUUGACAAGCUCACCAAGGUCUACAAGACGGACAAGAAGCUGGCACUGAACAAACUGAGCCUCAACCUCUACGAAAACCAGGUGGUGUCCUUCCUGGGGCACAACGGCGCGGGCAAAACCACCACCAUGUCCAUCCUCACCGGCUUGUUCCCUCCGACCUCGGGCUCCGCUACCAUCUAUGGCCACGAUAUCCGUACGGAAAUGGACGAGAUCCGGAAAAACCUGGGCAUGUGUCCGCAGCACAACGUGCUCUUCGACAGGCUGACGGUGGAGGAGCACCUCUGGUUCUACUCGCAGCUCAAAAGCAUGGCGGAGGAGGAGAUCCGCAAGGAGAUGGACAAGAUGAUUGAGGACCUGGAGCUCUCCAACAAACGCCACUCCCUGGUGCAGACCCUCUCGGGGGGCAUGAAGAGGAAGCUGUCAGUGGCCAUCGCAUUCGUGGGCGGGUCACGGGCCGUGAUCUUGGAUGAGCCCACGGCUGGUGUGGACCCGUACGCACGCAGGGCCAUCUGGGACCUGAUCCUCAAGUACAAGCCAGGUGAGCGGAGGUGGGCAGAGCCCAGGAGGACCAUCCUGCUCUCCACGCACCACAUGGAUGAAGCCGACCUACUGGGUGACCGCAUCGCCAUCAUCUCCCACGGCAAGCUCAAGUGCUGCGGCUCUCCACUCUUCCUCAAGAGCACCUAUGGCGACGGCUACAAGCUGACGGUGGUGAAGAAGCAGUCGGACACCAGGAACGGCACAGAGCCAGGCCAGCCGCACAGCCCCCCGGCCCACUCCUCCGUCAGCCCCUGCUCCGAGCCUCGCGUCUCCCAGUUCAUCAAGAAAUAUGUGGCCUCCUGCCUCCUCAUCUCUGACACCAACACUGAGCUCUCCUACAUCCUGCCCAGCGAGGCCGUCAAGAAGGGCUGCUUCGAGAGGCUUUUCCAGCACUUGGAGCAGAGCCUGGAAGAGCUGGACCUCACCAGUUUUGGGCUGAUGGACACCACGCUGGAGGAGGUCUUCCUGAAGGUGUCCGAAGAGGACCAGUCUCUGGAGAACAGCGACGUGGACAUGAAGGAGUCCAAGAAGGACGCCCUGCGGCCCCCUGCCCCUGAGCUGGGCCCGAAGCCUGAGGCCAACGGGGAGCCCCUGGCUGAAGCGGCCGUGCCGGAGAAGCCCGAGGUGGAGCUCAGCAACCUGGUGACCUGCUCCAAGCUGGCGCAGUCGCAGGCAUCCCUGCGCUCGGCCUCCUCAGUGGGCUCCGUGCGGGGCGAUGAAGGUGGGGCUUAUUCCGAAUUCUUUGGGGAUUACGCGCCCCUGUUCGAUAACCGGCAGGACCCCGAUAACAUCAGUCUGCAAGAGCAAGAGGCAGAGGUGGAGGCUGAGGACCGUGACCUGGACGGGCAGGGGAGCUUCAAGCUGGAGGGCUCGUGGCUGAAGCUGCGCCAGUUCCACGGGCUGAUCGUCAAACGCUUCCACUGCGCCAAGCGCAACACCAAGGCCCUCUUCUCGCAGAUCCUCCUGCCUGCCUUCUUCGUCUGCGUGGCCAUGACGGUGGCGCUCUCCGUGCCCGAAAUAGGUGACCUGCCGCCCCUCAUCCUCUCACCAUCGCAGUACCACAACUACACCCAGCCCAAGGGCAACUUCAUUCCUUACGCCAACGAGGAGCGGCGUGAGUACCGCAUCAGGCUGUCUCCCGAUGCCAGCCCCCAGCAGCUGGUGAACACCUUCCACCUGCCCUCCGGCGUGGGGGCCACCUGCGUGCUCAAGACAGCCUUCAACAACACACUGGACCAGCCCAUGCAGACCCUCAACCUCAACAGCAACGAGUCCAAGAUGCUGGCAGCCAAGUACUUCGACGCCAUGUGCAUUGACUCCUUCACCCAGGGCCUGCCGCUCUCCAACUUUGUGCCGCCACCUCCAUCCCCGGCACCCUCUGACUACCCUGUCUCAGUGGAUGAGGAUCUGCUCCGUGCCUGGAACUCCACGAUCUUCUCCUCCGCUGUCAAAGAGACCGUGACCUCAGCCCCUGCCCUGCCCCGCAUCGUCCAUGAGCCCAUCAAGUGCACGUGCUCCAUGCAGGGCACCGGCUUCUCCUGCCCCAGCGGCGUGGGGGGCCACCCCCCGCAGAUGAAGGUGGUGACGGGGGACAUCCUGGCAGACAUCACAGGGCGAAACGUCUCCGAGUAUCUGCUGUACACCUCGGACCGCUUCCGGCUGCACAGGUAUGGGGCACUCACCUUCGGCAACGUCCAGAAAUCCAUCCCGGCCUCCUUCGGGGCCAGGGCUCCUGCCACAGUGCGCAAGAUCGCCGUCCGGAGAACGGCCCAGGUCUUCUACAACAACAAGGGCUACCACAGCAUGCCCACCUACCUCAACGCUCUCAACAAUGCCAUCCUGCGAGCCAACUUGCCCAAGAGCAAAGGCAACCCUGCUGCCUACGGCAUCACAGUCACCAACCACCCCAUGAACAAGACGAGCGCCAGCCUGUCCCUGGAUUACCUGCUGCAAGGCACAGACGUGGUGAUCGCCAUCUUCAUCAUCGUGGCCAUGUCCUUCGUGCCAGCCAGCUUUGUGGUGUUCCUGGUGGCCGAAAAGGCCACCAAGGCCAAACACCUGCAGUUCGUGAGUGGCUGCGACCCUGUCAUCUACUGGUUGGCCAACUACGUGUGGGACAUGCUGAACUACCUGGUGCCAGCCACGUGCUGCAUCAUCAUCCUGUUCGUGUUCGACCUCCCGGCGUACACCUCUCCCACCAACUUCCCUGCUGUCCUCUCCCUCUUCCUGCUCUACGGCUGGUCCAUCACCCCCAUCAUGUACCCUGCCUCCUUCUGGUUUGAGGUGCCCAGCUCCGCCUACGUCUUCCUCAUCGUCAUCAACCUCUUCAUCGGCAUCACAGCCACCGUCGCCACAUUCCGGCUGCAGCUCUUGGAGCACGACAACGGAGAUCUGAAGGUGGUGAACAGCUACCUGAAGAGCUGCUUCCUUGUGUUCCCUAACUACAACCUGGGCCAUGGCUUGAUGGAGAUGGCCUACAACGAGUACAUCAAUGAAUACUAUGCCAAGAUCGGGCAGUUCGAUAAAAUGAAAUCACCCUUCGAAUGGGACAUCGUGACGCGGGGGCUUGUCGCCAUGACAAUUGAAGGCUUCGUCGGCUUCUUCAUCACCAUCAUGUGCCAGUACAACUUCUUCCGGAAGCCCCAGCGGCUGCCUGUCUCCACCAAACCCAUCGAGGACGACAUCGAUGUGGCCAACGAGCGGCACCGUGUCCUGCGUGGCGACGCUGACAACGACAUGCUGAAGAUCGAAAACCUCACCAAGGUGCGGCAGCGGGGCGGUGGGGGAUGCGCCGGGGCUGCAAGGAGACACCUCGGAGCCGUCCCAUCUGAGGAACGUGGGUCGGGGCUGGGGGUCCGGGUGCCUGCCAGCGGGCUGAGCCCGCAUCCCCUGCCCCACCAGGUGUACAAGUCCCGCAAGAUCGGGCGCAUCCUGGCUGUGGACCGGCUGUGCGUGGGCGUGCGGCCCGGGGAGUGCUUCGGGCUGCUGGGCGUCAAUGGCGCGGGCAAGACGACCACCUUCAAGAUGCUGACGGGGGACGAGAGCACCACGGGCGGAGAGGCCUUCGUUAACGGGCACAGCAUCCUGAAGGAGCUCCUGCAGGUCCAGCAGAGCCUGGGCUACUGCCCCCAGUUCGACGCGCUCUUUGACGAGCUGACGGCCCAGGAGCACCUGGAGCUCUACACCCGGCUGCGUGGCAUCCCCUGGAAGGACGAGGAGCGGGUGGUCAAGUGGGCGCUGAAGAAGCUGGAGCUGACCAAGUACGCUGACAAGCCCGCCAGCACCUACAGCGGAGGCAACAAGAGGAAGCUGUCCACAGCCAUCGCGCUGAUCGGAUACCCGGCCUUCAUCUUCCUGGAUGAGCCCACCACGGGGAUGGACCCCAAGGCACGGCGCUUCCUCUGGAACCUCAUCCUGGAUGUCAUCAAAACGGGUCGCUCCGUGGUGCUCACAUCUCACAGCAUGGAGGAGUGCGAGGCGCUCUGCACCCGCCUGGCCAUCAUGGUGAACGGGCGGCUCAAGUGUCUCGGCAGCAUCCAGCACCUGAAGAACCGGUUUGGAGAUGGCUACAUGAUCACGGUACGCACCAAGUCCAGCCUCAAUGUCAAGGAGGUGGUGAGGUUCUUCAACCGUAACUUCCCUGAGGCUGUCCUCAAGGAGCGGCACCACACCAAGGCCCAGUACCAGCUGAAGUCGGACCAGAUCUCGCUGGCACAGGUCUUCAGCAAGAUGGAGCAGGUGGUGGACGUGCUGGGCAUUGAGGACUACUCCGUCAGCCAGACCACAUUGGACAACGUGUUUGUGAAUUUUGCCAAGAAGCAAAGUGACAACUUGGAGCAGCAGGAGACGAGCCCCAGCUGCGCCCUGCAGUCGCCCCUGGAGCGCCUGCUGAGCCUGCUGCGCCCCCGGGCCGCCCCCACGGAGCUGCGGGCCCUCGUGGUGGAGGAGCAGGAGGACCUGGAGACCGAUGACGAAGGCCUCAUCAGCUUUGAGGAGGAGAGGGCUCAGCUCUCGUUCAACACGGACACGCUGUGCUGA